AUGAGUGUACGCGUGGAAAUGGAACGCCGCCGAGCAUUAUCUCCACCUCGCUCUCCUAAAACGGAUCCAGAUCUGGAUCUACUUCUCGACGAAAGUCUAAAUGACAUCCCAGAUGACCGGCUCAGUGCUUCUAAAACAUACAAAACUCCCAAGCGCAGAAGACUGAAGGUAGCAAUACUAUUGCAAUUAUUGUCCAAGGUACGACAUAAUAGUGCGAAAGCUUUUCUUGUCCUAUGCACAGUGUGGAUCCUUUUUAGUCUUGUGUGGAUUCGCUGGCCAAUUUACGAGAGCAAAGUGGUUCCAUCACUGAAAAUGAACAUACGAGAAUCAAUGGACGUAGAGCCUUUCGUUGUAUCCAUUGCAGUGAUACUUCCAUUUUUCUUAGCAGGUCUUGUCUUUUAUUCGAAGAAAGAUACAAUUGGGACAAUUGAAACGUGGGGUCAUCAGAAUCAAGUGGUGCAGUGGGUUCAAUCGAGUUCAAGCAUAGGCAAAAGUGUCGGCUUUGAUGCACUUGAUAUCGUGCUUGUAGGUGGUUUUCUAUUGUUGCAGCUUAAUCUUGUGGUAGGAAAGCUACUGAUUGACUUGGAGAAUGGAAAAUUAGCCAAGUCUGGCAUCGUGAUUCGGACAGGACGAGCCUUGGGUAUGAAUGGACUUUACGCGAUAAUUUUAUCCGUAAUUUUAAUAGCCAAGCAAUCGUUUGUACACAAAUUUUUUGGGCUAUCAGAGGAACGUGCAGCUCGAUACCAUGUGCUGAGUGGACAGUUUGGGUUUAGUAUGUUGAUGCUGCAUGGUCUCGUGUACCUGGUGGUGUGGUACAGCCAAGGAAAGGUGGAAGAAAUGCUUGUACCGUGUUUGGCUGACACUUGCUCAUCGAAACAACGAUAUGGAAGUAUUCGAAACUUUUGUGGCGCAUUGGCACUGUGUUUUUCUAUGAUUGUGGCCAUAUCAUCAAUGGAGUGGGUACGUCGACGAUUUUUUCGAACUUUUGUCAUGUUACACUGCCUUAUUAUUGGAGUCAUCGUGUUUUCAGUGCUGCAUUACUACGCCACGUUCUUUUGGCUAAUCCCUGCGAUAGUACUGGUUGUGAUGUACCGUGUUGUGUCAAUGUGUGGACGGGGACAAGCAAGUGUGAUUUCAGCUACAGCUGUAAGCAACAAAGUGUUUGAGAUUGAAUUACGCCGUUCAAGUUUAAAUGGUUCCGAUUUCUUACCGGGGCAAUACGUCUAUAUAAAACACAAUGCCAUUGGAAACGAGUGGCAUCCGUUUACGAUCAGUUCUAGUCCACUACGCAAUCGGCACUCAUUCUUUAUCAAUGCUAAAGUUCAAGGAUUCUUUACGUCUCGGAUAUUAACUGCCAUGCGAAACCAGCAAUUGAAAACUGUUCAUGUGGAUGGAUAUUAUGGUUCCGAAAUCAAACUAGCUCCGCACAUGGUAUUCAUAGCUGGAGGAAGUGGCAUGACUCCGUUUUUAAGUGUUCUGGAUCAUUUGAAAGCGCUUUUAGAUGUAAGUAAUGCGAAAGAAGUAUCCAAACGCUCUGAAAUACCGCAGAGUCUGUGGAUUAUCUGGACAUGUCGUGACAUGGAGUUUCUCGAAGCUCAUGCAGAGUUACUCGAUGCAAUCAAUCGAUGCUCGCAAUGGAAUUGUCAAGUGUGGUUACACCUUACAAAGGCUGGUAGUGGUAGUCUUUAUGACAGUGAAGAAGACGAUACUCAGACAGAGCCUGAUGAUUUGUCGGCGACUUCUUCACCACGGCCACAAUACUUUUAUCCAUCGUCACUAGAACGUCAUGCUUUUCAUGGUCAUGAUUAUAUGCUUAGUUUACCAUUGUUCACAGGAACAAUGCUUGGUUGUCUACUGUCAAUAAUUUGGGUUCUGAGUUUGGAGAGUUUGACAGCAAAAUCGUUUGUAAAACGCUUGCUUUUGCUGACUGUGGGGAUACUUGGUGCCGUACUUGGAGCUAGCUUUAUGUCGUGUUUAUUGCGACGAAACGUAUGUAAGGAUGAAAUUGACAUGCUGGGUGGUGCAAUGGAAGAGUUGGAAAUCCAAGGCUUGGAUGUCUCGACUCCCACACCGCCAACCACACCACGCGCUAUGCCAAUAGCAGAACAGUCUGUCUUCAGCCGGAAUUUCUUGAUAGAAAAGAUACGUCCAAAUCUUGCAUUACGUUUGCGUGAGAUUCAUAGUGACAUUGGCGAAAGCUUUGGAGUGCAGGCAAAAGUAGCACUAUACGUAAGCGGACCAUCCGAUCUGCAAUUCAAGACAUUAGCGCAUGCACGUGAGUUCCAAGCACCUGCUUUCGAAAUUCAUCGAAAAUCUUUUUUACUGUAA